GGGGGAGCGGCCGGGCUGGGGGCGGUGCGGGGCGGCACGUUUUGCUCUUUACUGCUCUGCAAGUUUCUCCAGAAGAGGAGGAAGGCUGCAGAGAGCACGCGCUGAUCCACCUCCCAGCUGGAGCUGCCCUGCUGGAUGUAGGGCAGGCCAUGCUGCCGUACAGCUGCACGCCCUGGGGAGCUGCACUGUGCUGCAGAAGGGGGUCUGCCUCAUUCCUGCCCAACAUGGAGACCUGUUUGCGUGUGCUCCCAUUCGCCGUCUGAAAGCUGUUUCUUCACAAGUGUGCUGAGAAACAACUGCGGGCCUCUCUUGCAGAGAAGCAGAUGCUUUUACAGCAGCCAUGUCACCAGCUGAAGAGGUUUCCCAGCUGUCUGGCCCGGUGGAUCUCUGUUAGUCACGCUGGAACCGCUGACUGGCAGCGUUGAUGUUGAGUGUGCUGUGUUUCAAGGUGUUGAGGAAAAUGCAGAGACGGCACAGCAGCAACACUGACAGCGCUCCUCCUGAAAGAAACCGGAGCCAAACGGUCAGUUCUGAAACCAGCGUGGAUGAAAGCGGAGUGUUUGAAAGCCUGAAGGCUGAGACUUCCUCACCACAGCAGCUGUUCUCCGGCCUGGCAGGAAUCCCCUCGGGAUCCAUCACAGCCACACCGUUCCAGUCGGGUUUGGUCCUGGGCUCUUCAGCAGGAGGUGGGGAGGUGUUCAUUCAGAUGCCGGCCCCGAGGGAGGAGGGAGCCGGCCGCGCGGAAGGAGCCCCGUUUCACCACCGGCAGCAGCCCCAUCAUUUCCACCACAGCCAUCACCGCGGUUCGUCCCUUCUGCACAUGGCAGGAGGGGACCGGCACGGGCAUGCUGAGGAAGGCAGUGAGGAGCAGGCUGGGACUCCAGCACCGGCGCUUUCGGAGCUGAAAGCGGUCGUUGGUUGGCUGCAGAAGGGCCUUCCCUUCAUCCUCAUCCUCUUGGCUAAAGUCUGUUUCCAGCAUAAGCUUGGGAUUGCUGUGUGCAUUGGUAUGGCCAGCACAUUUGCCUAUGCCAACUCCACGCUCCGAGAGCAGGUUGCUCUAAAGGAGAAGAGAUCAGUAUUGGUUGUCUUCUGGAUCUUGGCCUUUCUCACUGGGAACACCCUCUACUUGCUCUACACAUUCAGCUCCCAGCAGCUGUACAACAGCCUUAUAUUUUUGAAGCCCAACAUUGAGAGAUUGGACUUUUUUGACCUGAUGUGGAUCGUGGGGAUCACAGACUUUGUGCUGAAGUAUCUCACCAUUGCACUGAAAUGCCUGAUUGUUGCCCUGCCUAAGAUCAUCUUAGCUGUCAAGUCAAAGGGGAAGUUUUAUCUGGUUAUUGAAGAGCUGAGCCAGUUGUUCCGAUCCCUCGUCCCCAUCCAGCUAUGGUACAAAUACAUCAUGGGAGAUGACCCAUCCAGCAGUUAUUUCCUAGGAGGGAUCCUGAUCAUCCUGUACAGCCUCUGCAAGUCUUUUGACAUCUGUGGCCGUGUGGGAAGUGUUCGGAAAGCACUGAAGGUCCUUUGCACCCCACAGACCUACGGGGUCCGUGCCACCAGCCAGCAGUGCAGUGAGGCAGGGGACAUCUGUGCCAUCUGCCAAGCAGAGUUCAGGGAACCUUUGAUCCUUAUGUGCCAGCACGUGUUUUGUGAAGAAUGCCUCUGCCUCUGGUUUGACAGGGAGAAGACCUGUCCCCUUUGCCGUUCUGUCACAGUAGAAACCCUGCGUUGCUGGAAGGACGGCACCACCUCUGCUCAUUUCCAGGUGUAUUAAAGCCAACACAUAUCACCCAACAGAAUGGCCUGCAUGGAGAGUAGGAGGACCAGAACAUCUGCUGACCCCAUGUUGCUAUUUAAUCACCUGCUUGUUCUCCCAGCACUCUCUGUCCAACAACCAGUAGAGCAGCAAUUGUUGGUAGCCAGAAAUCAUCCUCCAAGGCAAGGGAGACGUGCUUCUGUUGUGGUGACCUCCAUGGCUAAGCUGGCUAAGCUGCAGCCAAGAAUUUUCCUUGAACAUACGUGGUUAGAAACUGAUUGGUGUGUUUCCUUUUUCCUGCCCUUCUAGUAGAGGUAAACACUGCACGUAGUAAGAGGCUGUACCUCCACUCCCCACUGCACGUGUGUGACCUGCUACACUGGAAAAAAGCUGUUGUUCUCUGGCUGUAACGUCCUUGAGUUUGUAACCUCAUAGCAUUUCACAGCUGCUGUUACAUUACCUUCGAGAACAAUUCCAAACCACUCUUUAGAACCACGUUCCCAAAGACUCUUUCGGGGCUUGGAGUUGUGUCAUAUCCCAGCAGCUGUGUUUCUGUGACUGAUUCACAAACUGUGUGCUGUGUUGCCAUCUUCCUGAUGUGUCCAGGACGGAGCUCCGUGCUGGUGGAGCUGAAGCUGAUGCUUUCUUUCCUUGGGAAUGCUUUUCCUCUUUAGUUUUCAUGAGGGCCUUUCUGAUUUCCUGGCAGAUGGGGAGAGCCGUGGGAGGCAAAGAGAGAGUAAAGUCAGGUUUGGUUUGAAUUGAAGGUGCCAACCUCACGAGUGAAGGUGCACCACGCUCCCCAGCACAACCGCAGCAGUGUGACAGGACACUGCUCACUGCUUUGCACUGCAGCCCACCUGGUCCAAAAGCACUGUGCAGCACAGAGCCCGGGUGGCUCUGUUGCGAGCAGGAGGGCUGGGGCAUGGGAUACAGGGCAUACAGGGCAGAGCCUGGCUGCAGUGAGAUUUCCUGUCUGGAGGGUGGGAUUUGUACAAGAGCAGCUGCAUUGCUCCAAGAGCCAGCCUGGUUCGUAUCCAAGCUGGACUGCCCACCUGAGAGGUGCAGGCUUCAUUCUAGCAGCUCCGCUUCAGAAAAAGCUCUUUUAGGAGAUGCCUUGUGUUGUUAACAGGAAAAUUAGCACUCUUGGUGUCUGAGGAAGAGGAGAUUGCUAGUUUCCAUCUCUGCUGAGCAUGCUGCAGGAGCACUCGCACGAAAAUGGAGCUGCUGUUCCUUUGCCAGAGCUUUCUCCUUUGCUGCACAACCUCUGCUUUGUGUUCCUUGCCCACAGAAGGUGUCUCAUUAGGCUUUGUGGCAUCUUCUGUGCUCAUUGCUAUGGAAAUGGCCGUAAGGUUACAAUCCCACUUGAGUGGGUAAUCAGGAAGAGCUGUACCUGGGGGACAUGAGCCUCUGCGCAGGCACUGAGUGCCGCCUUCCCCUCCUGCUGUGAAACUCCACGGGGAGAAGAAUUAAAGCAAACAGCAGCUAAUGGUAACAGGAUUAAGGCUCAACAUUCUGUUGGAAAUAAUGGUUAAGUAUGGCUGGAGGAGAAAGGUGAGGCAGAGCAGGGGAGAUGGCUCACAUCUGCUUUGAGAGAUACAGGGAGGAGGAAUAGCCGUAUGUUUUGUAUCAACACACUUUGAUUCCUAUCUGUGGAUCCCAUGAAAGUGGAAAACCGAGGCAAGGAAUCCAAUGAGUAUCUCUGGUGGGAACAGAUUGUCUGGGAUGGGGAUGGAGAGCUCAGGAAGGAAGCAAGCAAGGCUCUCAGUGCACCCAGAAGCGCCGUUCUGUACUACAGCCCGGUGCAUGCCUGCAGAAUGGGAACCACAGACCACAGGGACAGGGUGAUGUCUGUUCUAAUGGCAGGACAGGAAAUUCCUGCUGGUUUCCAUGGGCAAACAGUUGGUUCGUGUGGAAGGAAACGAUUCUCUCAAACUUUAGAGCAGAAAUAAAAAACAGAGCCUU